AUGGAUGGUCCCAUAGUCGGCUUUGCGGUGAAUGUACAAAACUUCUGUGCAACAGUGGACGCGUGUGGGCUGGAGGACCACCUUUACAAUGUCUCGCUACUUCAGCAACUCGUCAAUAAACUGCCGCCAACGAUAAAGUUGGACUGGGCGUGCCAUCGUCGAGCUCUACCUAGGGUCAACUUGGCGACCUUCGGGGACUGGGUCUACUCUCUUGCUGAAGACGUGAGCACGGUGGCCGUCCCUUCGAUUGUACAGGAGCAUAAGCCGGCACGUAAUGAAGGUCGCGGUCCUAAGGUUGCUUUCUUGAACGCUCAUCUUGAAUCACUUGAGCAGAACCCGGAAUAUAAGACGCCCAACGCAAACGCCACUGACAGGGCGCCACUCGUACCCAAAGCUUGCGUCAACCACGACUGUCCAACGUGCAAGGGUACAUAUAAAGCGGCAGACAAAUACAAGCGUUUUCUGGAACUAUCUCGAGAUGCGAGAUGGGCUGCGGUUCGGGAAUUUGGUUUAUGCCGAACAUGCUUACGUCGUCACAAUGGGAACUGCAAAGCAAAACCCUGCGGCAAAAAUGGCUGUAUCGUCAGACACCACGAGUUAUUACACAACGACCAGAAAAACGAGCGUCCUCCACCAAAUACCGUGCAUUCUUCGUCUGUACAACCUGGACCGAGCCAAGGGCAUGGGAUCAACCAUCAUCGAGCAUCGUUGUCUGCUAUACUGUUCCGAUACUUACCCGUAGUACUGCAAGGAAUCAACAAGGCCGUUCAUGCCUAUGCUUUCUUCGAUGACGGUUCAGAACUUACACUUCUCGACAGCUGGUUGGCUGACGAGCUUCAGUUAGAUGGUGAAGUCAGUCCACUGUGUCUGCGGUGGACAGGAGGUAAAGAGCGUCACGAAGAGAGCUCUCGAAUCGUUGACGUAGGAAUAUCAGGAGUAAACGGCAACACCAAGGUGUUUAAUCUGCGUAACGUAAGAACGGUAGGUAAACUACAGCUUUCACGCCAAACUCUGGACAUCACCGAGUUGUCGCAACUGUACCCACACUUACGAGGUCUGCAAAUAGAACCGUAUCAUGAGGCACAGCCGCGUAUCCUGAUAGGACUGAAGCAUGCACGGGUCGGUUUGGUUUUGCAAAGCAGAGAGGGUCGAAUAGAUCAGCCGACCGCAGCUAAGACAAGGCUAGGAUGGACUGUAUACGGUGGUCAUGUCGAAGAAGCUCCCCAUAUAGUCCAAUGUGCGUUUCACGAACACCACCCAGAAGAACAGAUGGACGAAAGCCUACAUCGUAGUAUGAAGGAGUAUUUCGCCUUGGAUAGUCUUGGAGUAUCGAAACCGGUCAACAUACUCUUAUCUACCGAUGAUCGUCGGUCACAACACUUGCUGAAGUCACUUACAAAAUUCAGAAACGUCGUGCGAUGGCUCUUCGACGGUUUUACUCUUGAGAAACGCAUGGAGAAGGAUGCAGUGUUAGCCGAAGCCCUCAACCGACAGAUUGCAGAUUAUUUUACUAAAGGGUAUAUCAGGAAACUCUCGAGUCUGGAGCUCGCUCAGUCAUACGCUCGUACGUGGUAUCCUCCCGUCUUUCCCGUAACAAACCCAAACAAGCCUGGGAAACUGAGAAUCGUAUGGGAUGCAGCGGCCAUGGCUUACGGCCAAUCUCUUAACUCCGGACUACUGAAGGGUCCUGAUCAGCUUUGUUCUCUAUUCUCCACACUUCUUCAGUUCAGGGAGCAUCGAGUUGGGCUGACAGGAGACAUCUGUGAAAUCUUUCACCAGGUGGAUAUCCUAGAAGAAGACCAGCAGUGCCAACGGUUCUACUGGAGAGACAAGAACGGAGAAAUCGCAACAUACGUUAUGCGUGUGAUGACAUUCGGUGCCUGCUGUUCCCCGAGCUGUGCUCAAUAUGUUAAAAAUUCCAACGCCGAGCGCUACGCACAAGUUCACCCGGUAGCAGCGGAAAUCAUAACGAAAAGGCACUACGUGGAUGACAUGCUGGUGAGCGUAGAAACAGAAGAGGAAGCAAUCGGUUUGACACAGGAAGUGAAGUUCGUACACUCAAAAGGCGGGUUCGAAAUCCGUAACUGGAUUGGCAACUCUGGUCGUGUAUUGGCAGCCCUGAAGGAAGAAACCAUCGAAGAGAAAAAUCUGGAUCUGUCAUCCGAGAUGGCCACCGAGAAGGUGCUAGGGAUGUGGUGGUGUACGUCGUCGGACGCCUUCACCUACAAGGUCGGCUGGAGCCGGCAAGAUCGAGCGCUGCUAGAAGGCCAACGGUAUCCUACUAAAAGGGAAGUACUCCGGGUGCUCAUGACGAUCUUCGAUCCACUUGGACUGAUUGCUAACUUCCUGAUGUUCCUGAAGAUUUUACUGCAAGAAGUUUGGCGAUCUGGCGUUCAGUGGGAUGACCCGAUCAGCGAAUCUUUAUUCGAGAAGUGGAAGCGGUGGCUGCAGGUUCUUCCGCGAGUGGAACAGGUCACGGUCCCGCGAUGCUACCGUAUUCGGACUAGUUCCAGUGCAAAUUAUGAAGUACAGCUGCACACAUUUGUCGAUGCCAGUGAGAACGGCUUUGCCGCCGCCGUAUAUCUACGCUUUGUCCAGAACAAGAUCGUGGAGUGCGUUCUAGUCUCGGCCAAGACACGGGUGGCACCACUGAAAUUCACUUCAAUUUCGAGGCUUGAACUCCAAGCAGCUGUUGUAGGUGCAAGAUUAGCACGAUCGAUUGGAGAAUUCCUUUCUAUCCCAAUCUCUAACCGUUUUUUCUGGACUGAAUCCUGGGAUGUAAUGUGCUGGAUAAACUCGGAUCAUCGACGGUACUCCCAGUUUGUAGCGUUUCGAGUUAGUGAGAUUCUCGAAAUCACGGAGAUAAAUGAAUGGCGUUGGGUGCCCACCAAGCUCAACGUAGCCGAUGACGCUACCAAAUGGACUGGUCAGCCGGAUACGACUCCCGACAGUAGAUGGUUUAAAGGACCAGAUUUUCUUUGGCGUCCGGAGGCGGAGUGGCCACAAUCGCCGACCAAAAGCGAUUCCACAAUCGCAGAGCUUCGCCCCAAUCUUCUGUUACACUACACGGUCCCUGAAACAGUAAUCGAUGUGAAUAAGUUCUCCAGCUGGAAGCGACUCGUCAAUAUCGUCGGAUAUGUAUACCGCCUUCCAGCCAAUUGCAAACUGCAACUCCAAGGGAAGCCGAUCGUUUCGGGUCCACCAACAACAGAAGAGCUCAUGCGCAACUGGAAGCGUAUCAAGGAGAAGUGA